AGUACGUGUAUUUCAAGUGCAUAAAGUGCAAGUGAAGAUACCUCUCUAGUCGAUAACUAAAGAUCUAUUCGUGAUGUUUACACCUUCUACACUUAAAUUCGUCGCUCUAGUAUAUUUUCAAUAGCAAACAAACACGAAUUAAUACAAAAAUGUCCGAGACCUCUGCUUAGCGGAAAGUUUACAUCGAUAUUUUUGUUACAGACAAACUAAAACUCUUUGGCAGCUUCUUUCUCAUUGCACAUAGGUUUUUAUUUAUUUUUAAAUUCAAAGCUGAGAAUGGCUAGCUCAACAGCUGUAAGUAUAGAAAAUAAUUCAACUAAAAAUGGUAGCACAGAUAUGGAAGUACAACUUAAAGAACGAGCUGAAAGGAAUCGUCAGAGAGCACUUUUGUUAAAAAAAUCUAAAAUCGUAACUCAUCCAUAUGCAAGAGAAAAUAGUGAGUCUAUAAAAGGAAGAUUACUAAAAGUUCAAGGGCAGCGUGUUAUUGAUAGCGGUGGAGGUUUCCUGAUAGAAGAAAAUGAUGAAUUGGAACAACAAUUGCUAAAAAUUAGAACCGAGCCAGAACCUGUUAUUGGUAAAUUUAACGAGUGUGAAGAAUGUCAACAAAAAUUUGGGGAUUCGUAUCUUUUGCAAACGUUUGAUCUGGCUGUUUGUGAUAAUUGCAGAGAUAAAGAGGGAAAGCAUUCUUUAAUAACCAAGACAGAAGCUAAACAAGAGUACUUACUGAAGGAUUGUGAUCUCGAUAAGCGAGAGCCAGUGCUGAAAUAUAUCAUACGAAAGAAUCCUCACAAUGUGAAUUGGGGCGAGAUGAAGUUGUAUCUUCAUUUGCAAAUAGAGCAAAGGGCUUUAGAAGUCUGGGGUUCAGAAGAGAACCUGCUAAAAGAAAAAGAAAUCCGCGAUAUAAAACGGGAGGGAGCCAAGAUUAAAAAAUUCAACAAAAAGAUCAAGCAGCUGCGAAUGCAAGUGAGAAGCUCAUUAUACGAUAAGACGACAAAAGCAUCUCAUACUCAUAAGUUUGGGGAGGAUACAUACAAUGAAGAGGAUGAUACGUAUACACAUACUUGUACAACGUGCGGUUAUGAAGAAACAUACGAAAAAAUGUGAACAUUCGAAUAUUGUACGCUAUAGAGAGUUUGCGAAUUAAUGUAUAUUUAAUCAAUUUAUACAAAGAUAUCAUUUUUCGAAUACGAACUUAUAGAAUAAGUCUCUCAAAAUCAAUUUUUCUUUCGAAAACUUGUUUACGGCUGUGCAUGUGAUAUUUAUAUCUUAUUGAGGAAUAUUUGAUUCAUACAUUUCUUAUUUUACAAAAUAAAGUUCAAUAAAGCAGUUUAUCUUA